AACUUGGAACAAGUAUUUGGCACCUCACGGGCUGCCACGCUAUUACUUGCCAAGGUAUGUGCCCAAACCGCAUCAUACACCACGAUUGCUGAACUUGACAAAGGUAUUAUGCUCAACAUGCCCAAGUAAGCCACUAGCACUUGGCGACUGAGCAACUUGAUCACCUGAUUGCCUCAACUUGACCUCAACUGCAUAUAUCAAGACCACCCCUGACCAAACAUUGCAUUUGAAGUUCAUCAAAACCGUCACAAUGCUCGGACUCAAGGACCUUUUCCCCAAACAGGGUCCGAAGCAGAACCCAAACGCUGCUCCGUACUUUGAGGCGCCACCCUACAACAUCAUCGCGGUCGAGCAUCCGUGUAUCGUCAAGGAUGUCGACAACGCCAUGAAGACGUUCGGGAGAGAACCCAACUUUCAACGACUUCUGGGCGAGGACACUGGAAGGCUUGCUCUCCCCUUAUGGUUCAGGCCUGAUGUACCUACCACCAAGCCGAUCAUGUCGCACAACGCCGCGUCCAACAAUGUAGUACUCAAGAUCACGGUGCCCAGGCGGACCGGGCGAAAAAGAAAGCGCGGCAGCAACGAGCCCUUUGCCGGCGACAUCAUCCCGCCUACUGACGAUGAGCCCACAGAACGCGUCUCCUCGACCGGCCGUGAGGACCAUCCUAAGCUCAUCCUUCGCAAGCUGCAAGACACCGCCGGGAGGUACCAAGCCGAGGCCGUCGGUCUCGUGCGCGAUACUCACCGCUACCACAGUCUAGCCGACUUCCAGUUCUCCUCGAGCGAGAUGCCCUACCUCACCAAAGUGAAGGAGCACUUCCUAUCCAUGAAGGUGGACAAGCUGCGGGAGCUCAGGUUCGACCCCAACCUGUACCCGGCCAAGGGCCAGGAGAUCAUCCCGCCGCCGUUCUACACCGACCGGGUGGUGCCAUUCAACUACUUCUACGAGCAGAACCCGUACGUGCGCAUGGAUGGCGUGGACGAGCACGGCAAGGCCAUCAUGGUCAACGUGCAGGGCCGGCUCGCCAAGACCUACGGCCACUACAUCGAGUACAACACGUACCCGGUGCCGGACCGGCCGGCCAAGAACCUGGCCAACUCGAAGCAGGUGCCCCAGGACCUGCUGGACCGCAUGCGCGCGGCGCUGGAGGAGCGGCCAAUCUGGACGCGGCGGGCGCUCAUAGCGCGGGUCUCGCCGUACUACUCGGAGAACUCGCUCAAGAUCGCCGUGCAGCUCGUCGGGUACCAGUUCAAGGGUGGGCCCUGGCGCGACGCCGUGAUCAAGUACGGGGUGGACCCGCGGCCGGACCCGUCGCUGCGCGUCUACCAGACGCUCGCCUUCAAGCUCGAGCAGCUGCCCAAGGACAGCACGGUCAAGAACGGCGUCGUCCGCAAGAUCACCACCGAGGAGUCCAAGUCCUCCUACCUCUGGGACGGCACCCAGUACUGCACCAACGGCAAGUUCUGGCAGAUCUGCGACAUCACGGACCCGACGCUCAUCAAGAUGAUCGCCGAGGCGCCCCUGCGCGACGAGUGCGACAUCGCCACCGACGGCUGGUGGCACGGCGGCACCUGGGCCAAGAUCAAGGCCUUCAUGAAGGCCAAGAUGAUCGCGAUCCGGGCCGGCCGGCUGGGCGACGACGGCGACCUGGUGCCCAAGAAGAGGGGCUUUCUCUACGACUCGGACAUACUGCAGAAGCUGGGCCGGUACGCCGACAUCCAGCCGCAGAACACGCGGGGUCUCGUCAACACCGUCAGCCUGCUCUACGGCAUGGAGGACGUCUCCGGGCUCGAGGGCCUCCGGUACCGGCACCGGCCGCUCAAGCAGUUCAACGACCCCCUGGCCGCCAUGGGCUUCCGCGGCCAGAGGGGCCGCAAGAGGAGGGAGAUGCCGCUCGACCCUGAUGCGCCGCCGCAGCCUGAUGGGGACGACGACGACAGCCGGCCGGCUGCUGGCAAGAGUCAGGGGGGAGAGGAGGAAGAAGAAGAAGAAGAAGAAGAGGGAGAAGAAGGGGAAGACGUGGAAGGAGACGAUAUCGCGGCAGCUGGACAAAAUGCCCCAAGAGGGCCGGGCCAGUUCCCCGACGAUGCAUGGGCGCAUAUACUGGAUAGCGACCUGGAGGAUGGGGCCGGAGGCGACAGCGACGGCGACGGCGGCGAGGACGAUGAUAUGGACGAGAGCAUGCUGAUGCCGGACGAGGACGAAGGAGGAGAAGAGGGCGAUGCCGAUGCUGAUCCUGACGGUGGAGGUGGGCUCGACUAGUGAUUCAGGCACUCCUACCAUCAAGUGCGGCUGCUGACAAAGUUGUGUGAUAUAUUGGGUUGUAGUUUUACUUCAGGCUUCUCAAGGCCAGACGCGA